UCCGAGUCGUUCACGUAACUACUGCUUCACUGGAACUGUCGUUAUAACGUCUACAAGGAAUAACUAGUCAAAUUUAAAAAUGACCUUGGACUACAGAACAGCCAGUCGUGGCAUGGCCCAUUACUGCGGUGGUACCCACGCCCUCUGCUUUAUUGUUUCACGUUAACAUUAUUCCGCGUUAAACGAUAUGGUUCGUAACUUUACAGCCUUGCCAGGUUUUUACCGGACUCUCUUCUUGUACAUCGAACCAGUGUCGACCGUGUCACCUGCCAUCUUGGCGUGGUUCUUUCCAGGCGCAUCCUGGUUCCACCAUGAGCUGAUACCAACUGCAGCUGCAGCUUCCGGACCCCUAGAUGCUAGGACUACAAUGGCUAUUUGGCAGCUGGGAAACUGCUAUCUUCUCCUGGGUUUGAUUUCGUCUUUGGUCUUCAGAGCUAUCCGAGAUGCUCUUCCAACUAAUCCGGAGGCUCAAGAGCGUAUACUUGGAGCAAGUUUCACUGCGCUCGCACUGGCAGACGUAACACAUAUUGCUGCUUCAUUUAUUGGCCUUCCCGACGAGCUCAAGUAUUCCUAUGGCAAGUGGAAUCCCAUGACCCAUGGCAACAUCACCUUUGUGAUAUUCCUCUUGAGCGUAAGACUUGCCUGGUUCGCGGGAGUCGGUCGUACUACAUAUUACUACGGGAAACGGGCCAAGGUGGAUUGAGGACCUGAAUUACUUUCUAUGGAUUAGCACACUAGGCGGUUCCACGUCCGACAUAAAUUGUAUGUGGGAUCUAUAAAUCCAACUCUACUGUACAACUUAAAGGUACGAACGUAAAUAUGAAAACGUUCAAGAACGACGAGUAUAAAUCUUAAUGUCCAAGUCCCAAAACAUAUUUGUGUGGAAUCAAAAA